AAACCGGAGAAAUGUAGGGUUCUGAGCAUUGAAAUUAAUGGUCCUUGGAUCGAGUGGAAGAUGGAUAUUCUUGAUAUACUCGUGGGUGGUGGAAAACCUAGAUGCGUAUGCCUCCACGUUGGUGGAAUCUAAAUCUAGAGGAGGUACCACUUUAAUCAGCUUGGGUUAUGUCUAUGAGGGAGGGUCGGUUGGAGAGCAGGACCAGGCUCUGGUGUCUAGUUAAUUUAGUGCCUUAUUGUAGCCUAAUAGACUAAUAGGUGGCGAUAGAAACUAGUCAAGAAUGGGUCACGUAUGUUUCCAGAUGAAAACGACCCAAGCAGUUGCUCAUUUGCUACGCACUGUUCAUAUAUUGGGUUUGAAAUUAAUUUGUUGAGAUAUGACCCAUUUCAAAGAUACUUCACGUUAAAUUUUUUUGUAAAAAAGAGAUGGUAAAUAC